GUAUAUAUAUAUAGAGAGAGAGAACAGAGAUAGAGUGUGAAAAUAUUUACAUAGAAAUCUUGAUGUGUGUGUUGAAAAGAGAAGAGUAAUUUCCUCAUAGAUGAAUUGAUCAAUAAGUAAGUGAUAAAAUGGAUGGAAUAAAAUAAUAAAAGCAGAAUCUGGAUCAGACAGAAUUCCUCACUUUCUUUGUCACUGUCAGUUUUCAAGGGCUAAGAAAAUGUCUUCUCAAAACCACACUGUAGUGAGGGAAUUCAUUCUCUUGGGACUCACAGAGGAUCCAGUGCUAGAAAAGAUCCUGUUUGGGGUGUUUCUGGUGAUCUACCUAAUCACACUGGCAGGGAAUCUGUGCAUGAUCCUGCUGAUCAAGACCAAUUCCCACCUCCAAACGCCCAUGUAUUUCUUCCUUAGCCACCUCUCCUUUGUAGACAUUUGUUAUUCCUCCAACAUUACUCCAAAUAUGCUGCAUAAUUUCCUCUCAGACCAGAAGACCAUCUCCUAUGCUGGAUGCUUCAUGCAGUGUCUUCUCUUCAUUGCGCUGGUGAUCACUGAGUUAUAUAUCCUUGCUUCCAUGGCAGUGGAUCGCUAUGUUGCCAUUCGCAGCCCUUUACAUUACAGCACCAAAAUGCCCAGGAACAUUUGUAUCUCUCUAGUCAUGGUCCCUUAUACUUUUGGCUUCCUCAGUGGACUCUCUCAGACACUGCUGACUUUUCACUUGUCCUUCUGUGGCUCCCUUGAAAUCCAUCAUUUCUACCGUGCUGACCCUCCUCUUCUAAUGUUGGCCUGCUCUGACACCUAUGUCAAGAAGACGGCAAUGUUUGUAGUCGCUGAUUUUACUCUCUCAAGCUCCCUCUUCAUCAUUCUCCUGUCCUACCUUUUCAUUAUUACAGCUGUCUGGAGGAUCCGUUCUGCUAAAGGCAGGCACACAGCCUUUUCUACCUGUGCUUCCCACCUUACAACAGUCACCAUAUUUUAUGGAACCCUCUGCUGCAUGUACUUAAGGCCCCCAUCUGAGACGUCUAUAGAGGAGUCCAAAAUAAUUGCAGUCUUCUAUACGUUUUUGAGCCCAAUGCUGAACCCAUUGAUCUACAGUCUAAGGAACAAGGAUGUGAUCCAUGCCAUGCAGCAAAUGAUUAAGGGAAAUCUCUUUCAUAAAAUUGCAGUUUAAGCAUGUGUUCAUUUGUCAUUACUAAGUGUCAGUGAUGACGUGGUGACUCCCUUCAAAGAACAAACCUACUAUUCUAUAGUCAUGAUUUGUUUAUCUUCAUGAACUGUCAAUGACAUUAGCUAAAUUCUCCGCAAAAUUAAUACCUUCAAGACAAGUUGUUUUAAUAAAAACUGUAAUAUUGAAAUUAAACAAUAUUUUCUUUAGCAGAGAACCUCUAAAAAUAAAAUGGGCAGUAUCCAAUAAUUCCAUAUAAUACUUUAAUAUCUUUACUUAC